CGCUAAUUCGAAUCCUUCACUCUUCAAAUUCAUUCUUCCACGGAUCAAACAAAUUAUCUGAGAGUAUCAAUUGGUAAGAUCUGAGCUUUACGCUAUGAAUUUCUUCAAAUCCGUCUUCUCGGACGACCUAGAUCCUUCAGGAACCGAAUCCGAAUCCGAUUCACCGAAACACAGCGAAGAGAAAGAACAUCCAGAGCAAUCUGAACCUAACGACGACGGUGGAUGGAGCUUCGGUGGUCUGAUGAAAACUAUAGCCACCAGAUCCGAAUCCGUGAUUGAAACCUACCGACGAGAUCUCGAAGAAUUUGGUACAGGUUUGAAGAAGGAGAUCGAAGUGGCUCAGGGAUCGCUUGGUACUGUGGGACAUGCGAUUGAUGAGCUUGGGAACACGGUGCUAAAAGGUACGGCUGAGAUCAUUGCUCAAGGUAAGGAAGCGAUUUUAGCCGCUGGUAAUGAAUCUGAUUCUUCAGAUAACAAUAGUAGUCAGAGUUUUGGUCGUCGUGAUAGCUUCAGUUCGAAACCCUAUAGUCGUUUCGAUGCUCAGAUUCGUGUUGUUCAAGGCGAUCUAAACACUUACUGUGAAGAGUCUGAGGAUUCUGAUGAUUACAAAAAGUGGGAAUCUGGGUUUUCUCUGGAUGAUAAAGCUGAGGAGAUGGAGAAAUUUUUUGAGGAGAAUGGAGAUAUGAAAGGAGUGUAUAAAAGGGUUGUUCCGAGUAUGGUUGAUCAUGAGACUUUCUGGUUUAGGUAUUUCUACAAGGUUCAUAAGCUCAAGCAAGCUGAGGAUUUAAGGGCUAAUCUUGUGAAACGAGCAAUCUCUCUGGAUGAUGAAGAAGAAUUGAGCUGGGAUAUUGAUGAUGAAGAGGAGAGCAGCGAGAAAGUUGUUGAAGCUACCAAAGAAGUUUCAAGAUUGAAACUUGAAGGGAAUGAUGGUAUGGGUAGUGGAGAUGUGAGUGAAACUGUGAAAGAUGAUGAAGUGACAAGUGCAGAUUCAGUGGCUAAAGUGAGCACACAAGAGGAAGUGAAAAGUGCAGAUUCAGUGACUGAAGUGAGCAAUGUUGGUUUGAAGACAGAUACAGAUUCUGAGGGAAAGAAGGAAUCUGAUGAUGAGGAAGUUCCAGAAGCAAAACCAGUUGUUGAUGCUGCUCCUCCUGCGUCUGAUGAGGCUCCAAUCCAAGAUUCGGUUAAACCCAAAUCUGACGAAGCUGCUCCAUCCCAAGAAUCAACUAAACCAGAUGUGGCUGCUUCAUCAACUCAACAACCAUCUGAAGAGGAUUUGGGAUGGGAUGAGAUUGAGGAUAUGAGUAGCAUCGAUGGUAAGGAAACGAGUCGGUCUGGUGGUAGUCCAAACAGAGCUGAGCUGCGUAAGCGUCUGAGUGCUGCAGAAGACGAUGAAGAUUUAAGUUGGGACAUUGAAGAUGAAGAAGAAGAAGAAUCAUCAUCCAAAGCUUAAUGUUAGUGUUUAAAGUGGUGUGCUCUUUUUUAUAUCUCUCCUUUUACUUGUUUCUAUAAGUUUUCUCCAUUCUUCAGUUGUUUUUCUCUACAACGUUUCUAUUUUACAUUGAUUUGAAAAUAUGUUUCUACAUUUUAUUUUGAUAUCAAAAUUAGGUCAAUAUAGUUCCAAAUCUAUU